UGUUUUCUUCUCUUUUCUUCUCUUCUUGCCCUGUCAGGGUUCUGGUCUCGGGGACCAGGCUGCUUUCAGGCAGCAGGGGGGCAGCGCGUCUGCCCCUGUUCAACCCUGUAAGGAUGAUUCCUCAAAAAAAAGGAAGAUGUGCGUCAGGCUGGCCCACGCCCGCGGGCCAGGUGGCCCGCAGGCGGGCCGCGCGGACCGCCGCGGCCCCUCACCCGACUGCUGGGACAGGGACGCAUACGACUGCAGUUCUCUCGCCGGCGUGUUCUGCAGCCCGGCUGCCGCGGAGGCGCCACCGGCUGCCCACCACGCUGACGACACGACCCUCACGGCGCGCGACCCGGCGGUGGACGGGCCGGUCCUGAUGGCGGCAGUACAGCUGUUCUGCCGCGCGUCCAACGCCCGUGUCCAUCCGGACAAGAGCAAGGCCAUGGGCCUUGCUGACUUGUACACCCGGCGGGCUCGCGGCAUGGCGUUUGUGGCGCGUCUGUGGGCUGCCCUGUCUCUGACUCUCGUUGGCCGUGUGCACAUUGCGAAGCAGGUGUUGGCGGCGAAGCUGGCCUACCACUUCAGCUUCCUCAACCCGUCGCCUGCGCAGUUGAAGGAACUCACCGACCUGGUGGACCACUUUGCUGCGCGCUCCAUGCACGCUGAGGACGCCAGCCUGGUGUCGCACGGGAACCCGCUCCUGCUGCCAAAGCGGGAAACGGCCUGUCUGCCGUACAAGGAUGGGGGUGUCAACCACGUCGACCUGCCUGCGUUCCUGUCUGCCCUGCAAGCUAAGACCUUCGCCCUCCUUGCCCAGCCAGGCCGGCAACCCUGGAAGAUGCUCACCCGGGCGCUGCUUACUCAUGUGCGCCCGGACUCCGCCACCACGUGGGCGUGGGUGUACAGCGACGCGCCGGCGCCAGCGGGGCUGCCUGCCCGGCUGGCGGCCGCGGUCGGCCACGUGCGGAGCGCGGGCGUAGAACAGCAUCCACCGCAGCCAGCCACUCAGCCGCCAGCGGCGCCGCCACAGUGGCGGGUUAGCCUGGACCAGCUGUGGGUGGCUAACGCUGCGGGGGCUGUGUCCUACGUCCACUACACGGGGCGGCUCUUGGAGCCUGGGCCUGGCGUGCUGCCCCCGCCGGUGGAUGGGGCGUGGCAGCCUGCCUGUGUGCUGCAGCAUCGCAAGCCGCGGCACCUGUGGACCUUUGAAGAGCGGGCGGCGUACGAUGCAGCAUCACCAGGGGACCGGGCGGGGGCGUUGCCUCGGGCGCCGUACUUCCUGGCGCCGGAGGCUGGGGUGGUAGUGCACCCGGAGCACUGCCGGAUUGCGGGUGUCAGCUUAGCGGACUACACGGUGCGGGACGUGCGGCGGGCCAUCACCGCGGCCAACCCGGCCGCACCUCCGGCUCCGGCCCGCCCCGCAGCCAUGCCGUGCCCGGCGCCAACACAGCAGGCGGGGGAUUCGGGGCCCCAGCCGGUGGCACAGUCGCGGCUGGCGGAGCGGGAGGCGGAGUGGCAGCGUGCAGCGGCGCAGCUGACCACCACGGCGGCGCAGCAUUUCCACAAUAACCCGGUGGCUCUGGACCCCUGGCUCCACCGCACCUCCGCGGCAGCCGGGCUGCAGAACACGCCGGCGAGAGAACUGCAGUCGUAUGCGUCCCCGUCCCAGCAGUCGGCCAUGCCGUGCCCGGCGCCAACACAGCAGGCGGGGGAUUCGGGGCCCCAGCCGGUGGCACAGUCGCGGCUGGCGGAGCGGGAGGCGGAGUGGCAGCGUGCAGCGGCGCAGCUGACCACCACGGCGGCGCAGCAUUUCCACAAUAACCCGGUGGCUCUGGACCCCUGGCUCCACCGCACCUCCGCGGCAGCCGGGCUGCAGAACACGCCGGCGAGAGAACUGCAGUCGUAUGCGUCCCCGUCCCAGCAGUCGGCUUCUCACCGCACAGCUCAAGGCGGCUAAGCUGGAGCACUUUGUUGCCAUCUGGACGGCGGGUGGCGCGCUUUGUGAAGUGGAGGAGGUUCAGGGUGGGUCACCGAAGUUGACGGGGGGGUCGUCUAAAUGGUUAAGACACUCAAGCCGAUUUCGUUAAGGCUUCGAGAGAUCCUGGGUUCGAAUCCCGGUCACCCCACCAGGAAGGGCCCUGGUUUACCAAAACCCAUCCACACCUAGGUGGUGUGUAGACCCCCCCUGUGGUGCAGGGAAUCUCUGGGGUUCAAGGCUGGAGCUCUGGGCCUGCAACUGGAGAGCUUUCAAGUUCAAGAUCCAAGAUUCAAGUGGAGCUCUGGGCCUGUCAACUGGAGAGCUCUAGAUGAUCUGUGUGGUCAUGGCAGUGGCUGUAGUUGUCACCUAGCUGUUGAGAACUCCAGUAGGUGUGUGGUGUCACCUGGCUGUUGAGGUUUCCAGUAGGUGUGUGGUGGAACAAACACUUCUCUUCUCUUCUCUGAUCUCUGGCCCUAUCGAGGUCCUGUGAUAUGAUCCAGGCUGCCUUGGCAGUAGGGUGGUAGUGCGUCUACCACCACAACCUUGUAAGGAUGACUUUUA